AUGGGAAAAGGAAAGAAGAAGAAUUCCCUAAAAGCGCCGACUGAGAUAGCUUUGGAUGGCACUCUCGAGACGUUUCCUGAUGAUCCCAUGCACUGGUGUUCCACGAGGGUAGCCGAGAAUAACAAACAAUCCAAAGAAAAGAUGGAGAAGGACAUUUUCAAGAAAUUGCUCGCAGAGGAUUCUGACAGCGAGACUGAGAAGGUUCUAGAAUCUUCAGAGCAAGCCUCCGAGACGGGAGAGUCAGCGGAAGGUCCGUCGGAAACAGUUGCGAAGAAGAAAAAGAAGAAGAAGAAGUCAAAGAAGGCAAAGGGGGCACUGAGUGCCGAUGAACAGCGAGACCUAGCUCUUGUCGUCUUCGAGAAACAUCUGCGACUCUCGCCCGUUCACGAAGCGAUCAUUUUCGUCAACGAAAAACUGAAGAACUCGAAAGAUCUGGUGGGUAAUUCAUGUUAGAAUGACACAGUACAUGUGUUUGUUACUUUCGCGGUCGUCUGCGCACGACGGUCCGGCGGUCCCAUAAAAUCCAUAUUGAACCGUGUGCUUUCAUUGUGUAAGAUCUGAAUUUUGCAGAUAAAAGCGUGCGAGGCUGAGAUUAUGGUCUACUCGAAAAAGCCGGUAGUGAACAAUGAAGAAUUUAUCCAUGCGAACCUCGAAAAAUAUUUCGGUAUUGUACAUCUGAAGGUAAAUUUAAAUUGGUCUGAGAUUGCAUACAGUUCCAUUUUAGCCGGAAGUUGUCGGUUACCGCUGGAUGCGGUACCAGGUUCGACCAGCUGAGCGCAACAAGUUUGCCGUCGCCUAUUCGAAAAUGCGCAUUCUCCCAGGUAUUCAGAUGAUCAUUCCAAAUCCAAUUUUGAUUAAUAUUGUUCCAGAAGCUUUCGAGAACAAGGGAAGAAUCAACACGAGCCGUGGAGUGAAAACGACCAGUCAGGGCGAAGUCGAAGGACUCUAUCACAUGAUGUUCGGCGAGAAUCUCGAGAUGAAGUUCCACUUUAACAAGUUUGAAACUGGAGUAUUGCGCUUUGACCUGGACAAGAUCGUGCGGGACUAUUAUGAGGUGUUCACCAUUCUUCACCGAGUGCUCAAGCUCGCCGAUAACAAUCCUGUCCGUUUCCCCCUCUUGGAGACGAUCUGGCACAAAACGCACGCGACCGAGAUCUUGUUCUUGAGAGAAAUCAGUGAAGCCCAAGUGCGCUGCCCGUCGUCUGCUUGUGUUGAGGAACGUUCCAAAGUCGGCGAACUCGUCCAGUUUCUUAUUUACGCGCUCUUCCUGUACCAAGAAAUGCGUGUCGACGUGUUUGUGGACCGAGAGGAGCAGCGUGAUGUUCACUUUGCUCUGCAGCACGAGAGAUACAGGAACAAGGAGAUCAACGAAGACGAAUUGUUCGCUUUCACACUCCAGGACUUCACUUCGUUCACAAACAGAAGAGUCCUGACCACGUCGGCCACGCCUUCCUGCAGCCGCACUCACGUCGAAAAUGUUCGUUCCUACUACAAUUAA